AUGGGUCCUUCCUCAGCGACUCGAGAAGCGGCGGUAGCUGGGUAUGCGAGACCAUGCGGGAAGCUGAUCGCCGGUUUUGCUCGGUUGGUUAAAGCCGAUUCGGCCGUUCAAGCGGAAGCUAGCGCAGUGGUUGAAACCCUAAAGUGGCUAUUGAAGAACUCAUCUGCAGUUUCGGACGGAAGGAGUUGGGAGAUCCAAUCUGAUCAGCUUGAGUUAGUGCAAGUGAUACGCACGUUCACAGAUCAGAACAAAGAAGCCAUUUUUGCGAGCUGGGAGGAAGUCUCUGCGGGCCGGAUCUGCUGGGAAAUCAGGCCCUUGCUCUGUGAAGCCCAUGAGCUAAUAGCUAGAAUUCAGCCCAUCAAAGUCACCCCUUUGUGCACUAAUGCGGGAACACAGUUCAAUAAUGGGGUGCGUGGAGACAACGGGCGUAGCUCCUCAGCUUUUUUCUUUGGGAAAGUUUGGAGCUUGCGGUCCUUCUCUGAUAGGUGCAAUGCAAAUCUUUUGAGAAACUAUUUUCUCUUCCAUGAGCUCGCUUUGUCAGGCUGCUUAAAAGAGGACGAAUCUGCACCAUUGGAUAUGGCCAAUGAUGAUACCAGAGAAUCCUGGAUUGGGAAUUCAGUUUACGCUUCGAAUCAUCCCAAGGACAAUAGCAAUGCAGUUCAAAGAAGAAGACACCGCCGCAAUUUGCCUUCAGUGGAUAGUUUCCCUGAGCUGAAUGGCACCGAACCUCAUCUUCCCGAGGCUACUAAAGGACCCACAUUUUUUAAAAUCUUCAUAAUUUUGGCUGCAAUCCUUGGUUUGGGAAGCUUUUGUUUCUUUCUCCUGGGGAACCAAAUCUCGGGCAAGAAGACGAAUAGUCUACUCGAUGCCCUUUACUUUUGUGUUGUUACCAUGACUACUGUGGGAUAUGGAGAUCUCGUCCCAAGUAGCACAUUGGCAAAACUUCUAGCCUCGACAUAUGUUUUCGCAGGAAUGGCUCUUAAUGGGCUGAUCCUAGGCAAAGCGGCCGAUUACAUUCUUGAAAAGCAGCAAGUUCUUUUAGUAAGAGCUAUGCACAUUAAUGAAAGGGUUGGUCAGGCCGAAAUCCUGAAGGAGGUCGAAUCCCACAAAAUCAGAUAUAAUUUUCUCACUUCCCUCGUUCUUGUCGUGGUCCUUACUAUACUUGGAACCGUGUUUUUGUCGGUCAUUGAGAAAUUCAAAUUUGUCGAUGCUUUCUAUUGUGUUUGCGUGACUAUUAGUACUCUGGGCUAUGGAGAUAAAAGUUUCUUCACCACCGGUGGCAGAAUCUUUGCCGUGUUUUGGAUACUGGCUAGUACCAUUUGUGUGGCUCGGUUUUUUUUCUACCUUGCUGAACUGUACACAGAAAGCAGGCAACGAUCAUUCGUAAAAUGGGUUCUGACACGAAAUAUUACGAGGUCGGAUUUAGAGGCAGCAGAUCUUGAUCAUGACAAAGCUGUCAGGCAAAUUUUAAUCAUCUGCAAAUUCAAUUAUGCAAAUAAACUAAUUUGAGCAAAUAUCUGAGUUUCUUGCUGGCGCUUUCUUUUUGCAGCACUACAGAGUUUGUCGUAUACAAGAUACAGGAAAUGGGAAAGAUCAGCCAGGAAGAUGUUACGGCUAUCUUGGAAAGGUUCCGGAAUCUUGAUGUCGAUCACUCUGGAGCUUUGACAGCAUCUGAUUUAGUUCAGGCCGGAAAUUAGGGGGCUUUUGCUGCUUGUUUCGAAGGGUUAUACUUACAUUAGUCUUGUAUCACUCAUAUGCGCCGCCGUUACUUGCUGAUAAUGUUGGCUUCAACCAUUAGUGAAUGUCUCCCCAAAAUGUGGAACACAU